AUGGCUGUAUCGGAACUUGCAGCGAAGGCCGCUAACUCCUUCGGGGGAAUGCUCCUCGGCACGUACUUUAACUUGAUUCUGUGGGGAGUGUCCAUCACCCAGACGUAUCUCUAUUUCGGCGUGUACAGUGAGGAUCGCAUGUUCAUCCGAAUCUUCGUCGGAUUCGUUUUCCUCGCGGACUCUGUACAGGCCGUCUUCACCAUGAUCUACAUGUACCAGACCCUCAUUUCGCGCUUCGGCGAGGAGAAAGCGUUGAACGUCGCUACGUGGGUGUUCUCUACAGACCCUGCCCUCACGGGCAUUAUUGGAGGGUGUAUACAGCUAUUCUUUGCAUGGAGAAUAUUCGUCCUCACGAAGAGCUGGCUCUUGCUAUGCACCGUCGCGCUAUUCUCGAUCGGGACGCUGCUUGCUGGCAUCGGCACCGGGAUCGCCGCGCAUAUUGUCCCCGAGUUCGCCAACUUCCAGGAGUUCAAACCCGUCGUCAUCAUCUGGCUCGCCGCAUCGGCAGCAGCCGAUAUCCUGAUCGCGGUUACGCUGGCAUGGUACCUGCGGAACCACAAGACAGGAUUCGAGUCGACGGACAACUACAUCGACCGCCUGAUCAAGAUGACCGUGCAGACCGGCAUGGUAACUGCUGUGUGGGCAACAAUUGACUUGUUGCUUUUCUUGUUGGAUAACAGCGGCAACCAUCUCAUCUUCAACUUCUGCUUGGCGAAGCUGUACACGAACUCCCUCAUGUCGUCGCUCAACUCGCGCGGCGGAUGGGGGUACAGCAGUCAGUCGCAGAGUACGCCUGCGAUAUCGAGCGGGGCGAAGACGUUCUCUGGUGGGAGGACGCAGGUACAAGUCGGGCAGACGACGCUCACGCGUCCGGAGGUCUUCGUACAGGUCGAAUCGCACGAGAUGAUCGACAGGGGAGGCUCGCGUUCAUCCUUUGACUCUACUUGGACACGGCAGAAGUCAUGAGCGUGCUUCUGCGGCCAUGCCUCGUCCCAUACAAGAUAGACGUAUAUCCUCACCGUAUACCUGUACAACAACCGGACGAUACUAAUCCUUCGUCGGUCUUUCCACUGUCCUCGUCCGUCAAG